ACAGGUGGGGAAAUGUGACGUGUGUUUGGCACGUUUUAUGUCUAGGGGAUGAUUAUUUUUAAAGCUAUCACACCCCCACUUAUCAGCAUGUGAAUCGGGAGCAGACACGCAACGAGACAAAGCAAUGAAAGAUAGAUACAAAAGUUAAAAUAAAGGAUAUUUAUUUACAUAAAUAUACAUAUAAUAAUGAAAAGGGGGAGGGUUUGCAUCUAUCUCCAGUAUAUUCUAUGUUUAAUCAUCACUCUUGCACAUAAUAAGAGAGUAUGUCACUUUGUCCUCUGACUUAGCUGGUAUUCCUGUUGAUGUCGCAGCUGGCUGUGUCCUGGCUUGAGGUUCUGCAGCUGGAGAUGGCGCUCUAGCGGAUAGAGGGACGCCGGCGAUAUAGUUCUUGUGGAGUCUCAGUCCCAAGUUCUAGUAUCUGUAGUGGGCACAGUAUGGCGGGUGGCCGGAUACCGUGGGCACAAGGUUACUGCGGGCAGAGCUGAUCUGCCGUGGGUAGUGUAAGUAACAGGAUAUGUCCAGUGAGUUGCAGAGGGUUGGCGUAGCUAUGACGUCUCGCACAGAUCUGACUCUAUAGGGACGUCGCGCCUAAUAGCUUGACAGGUGGGCUGUCGAAUAGGCGGGCAAUGCCGAUAGCGCCAAGUAGUAGAGUUGAGUAGAUCUCCGUAGGCGGUGUGUCGCAGUUAUCUAUGUAACUGUAUAGUAGAAUUAGUUCUCUAAUUGAUAGUGCGGCGUUGAUCACUAUAUUGAUGACGUCAUUACACUAUUAAUAUUUUCUGUGUAGACUAGAGGACUGAGCUUUUGUUGCUUGUCACAACUUCUAGUGACGUAAAUUUAGUGUGUGUGUGAUUUGCGUCAUUUAUCGUCUAGUACAGUCUCUCCAUUGUUUUGUACGUCGGUACAGAUAGACGUGUUUUGAGAGCUCUUGAAUUUCUCCUUGGUUUUUGUUAUUGGAUAGCCUUAGCAUUGGCCUUGGACAUUUUCUUGUUGAAUUAUCUUGACCCCUGUUUAGGGUGAGUUUUAUUUUUCAUUGUAUAGUUUUUCUUUUUGAAUUCGUUCGUAUUUGUAAUUCUAUAAUUAGACUAGAUAUAGAUGAUUAGAAGAAUCCUUUCUUUUAUCUUCUAUAGGGUUUUAGCGUCAAGACUAAGUUUUAGUCGUAGUCUCAGUUGAAGACUCUAUUUCAAGUAUUAGUGUCAAGUCUAUAUAUUAGACUCUGUGUCAAGUCUCAGUGUCAAGAUUUGUUUAUUCAGUCUCAGUUCUAUAUUGAGAGUACAACUUUAGGUCUACAGUCUACAGGACUGAGGUCUUUCUCUCAGUUGGUCGUCUGGUGUGCACGUUGAUUUGUACAUGAGUCUGAGGUUCAAGAUUCCAGACUGCGGGUUGCAGUGGUCAGACCUGAUGGUGUAGUGUCAACUAUGAACUUCUACUUUUUUGGAAUUGUCGUCAGUGGACAGUACCUGAUCUAGAGGCUAGAUCUACAUAUAUUACCAGUUGUUGUUUUUGAGAUUGAAGGACUAUGUGAUCCAUUGAACUACUUAUUAUAGUUAAGGUAAUAUACUAUGUGUUUCAUAAUUAUAUGAAUGUUCUUUAUCUAAGGAGACUAACUGGAUCAUUGUAGAUUACAUAUUAUUACAUAUUGAUAUUUCAUACUAUUAUUAUCAGUCAUCAUGAAUCAGUCAUUUGUAAAUAUAUCACAAGAAUAAAUUUUAUUGUUAUUUACAUCAUACACUUAGUUUAUUAGUUUAUCUACAACUAUAUGUGUAUGAUGUGCUUGUCAGGCUGAACUUGAGCCAAAAUAUUAUAAGUUCAGAAAAUAAUAACAAUAAUACAAAUUGAAAUAAUAUUUAAUAUUAAUAAAUAUUUGCAUUGGAAAUAUAUAAUAAUAAUUUGAUAAAUACAAGAAUACAAGAACCUGACAAGUAUUUUGGGGGCUCGUCUAAACUGUUAAAGGAGUUAUUUGAGGGAUUAUCUCAGUUAUAAUUUGUUAUAUUAUUGACAGUUGAAUAUUUGCUAAAUAAAUUUCUGUACUUGUAAAAGUAUAUUUUCAGAUUCUAGACACUUGUUUGUGUCACAUUACUAUUCAUAACGGUACUAUGUGAUUGUACCUUAUUACUCAGGAAAGGCAUCGUAUACAUUUUUUGUGUGAGACUUUAUUGGUGCCAUUGUAUCAUAUUGUUAUUGCUAACAUUGUAUCUUAUAUAUAAUAUUUUUUUUUUUAAAUUUAUACUAAUAAGAUAUAAUUUUGUUACAUGCCAAACUGAUUGGUGGACCUAAAUUGGAGCUGUGAUCUGUUUGUUGGGAUUCUCAAGUUGUCCUGGUGUAUCUGGCUGUACCUUGUCAUCACUACUCUAUCUUCCUGGUGCUGAGGCAGAUUCUAUCUUCGCAGGAGAAAGCACAGCUAAGUGUAUUUUUUUUGGUUGCUAAUAGUAUAUCUUGUGCUCUAAUUAAAUUUUCCGAUUUGACCUGUUAAACUUAUAUUGUUUGGAAAUUCUAAGGAUGGAGACUAGGUUUUCUAUAAAUUCACAAUUUAUAGCGGAUGGGCAGGCGUUGGGUUUUACAGGAGCUGACUUGCAGAACUAUGUGAAAGAACAGAAGGAGGAAUAUGUCAAGGCAGAACAAGCAAGAUUGGAUAGGGAGGAACGGCUCAAGAAGGAACAAAGGGCGGAGGAGGAACGCAUAAAGAAGGAGGAGCAUGAACGAUGGAAAGAAAGGGAAGUAGUGGAAGCUAAAAAGAGGCAGGAAGAAUUGGAAUUGGCUAGACUUCAGGAGAAAAUUGUGGAGAAGGAGUUGCAGAAAGAAAGUAAAUCUGAAAACAAAGAAGGAGAACCUAAGAUCCAGGAUAAACAUAGACAUAUAAUUGAUAAGUUGGACAAGAGUUUUCAGAAUAUGAAGGAAGAUGAGGAUUUGAUUGGCUUUUUGACUCUAUUUGAGGCGGUAGCAACAAGAUGUUGUAUUGAUAAGAAAAGUUGGGCUAUGUUGUUGUCGUACAAAUUGACUUCAAAACUCAAGAAUUUUAUGCUGCAAGAUGAUCUGUUUAAGAAGGAAAAUUAUGAUGAAGUAAAGGUUAUGCUAAUGAGACAGACUGAUAUAAAUGGAGAAACGUGUAGGAAGAAAUUUCACCAAAUCAGACCUAAAGAAAAUGAUUUCAGGGGAUAUGUGGCAGAUUUGAAAAGGGCACUAGACAAUUGGAUGAAGAUGGCGGAGGUAAAGGAGACCAUAGAAGGCAUGAAAAAUAUGAUUGUGACAGACAGAUUAUUAGAGAGUGUUUCAGGAGAAGUGUAUCGUCAACUUAUCUUAAAUAAAAGUGAUAAUGUAGAAGACAUGCUACAAGUAAUUGAAAGUUUUAAGACUGCAAGUUCAACAAAAUCAUUAUGUAAAGAGGAAAAUGUGUAUGUAAUGGGAGCUGCUGAAGCCACAAGUCAGAAUUAUGCUAGUGACAGGAAAGUCAUAACUUGUUUUAGGUGCGGAAAAGUAGGUCACAGGUCAACGGAAUGUUAUGUGGGUGGAGCCGGAGUGAAACCAAAGCAGGUGACAUAUAAUAAGGAUGGACCAAGACAUGUGUUAGGCACAAGGAAUGUGUCAUAUGGAACUUACAGAAGGCAAUUCGAUACUAGAGGAAGGAGAAUGGAUGGAGGGAAUUGGAGAGGAGCUUACAAUGAUGUGAACCAUGGUGGAGGAAAUAACAGAAGGAAUUAUUCAGGUGUUGAUUAUACUAAGGAGAAAAACACAGACAAGUCAAAGAAAGUGCAAAACACAGACAGAUGCAUCAGAUAAAGGCAUUUCAGGUAUACUUAGUCAGAUGAGAGAUGGUGUGUUACAUCCAGUGAAGUUUGUCAGUCGCAAGUUGUUGCCACGUGAACAGAAAUACUCUAUCCUUGAGCGGGAAGGACUGGCC